GAAAGGCAUUCUGGAGAAGGUCAGGAUUGGGCGGCCCUUGAAAGCCCAGCAUUAUAAAAAGAGAUCUGUAUGAGGAACACUAUCAUACAGGCAAAAUGAAGGUCAUCUUGCUCUUGGGAUUGGUGGCUGUUGCUCUCUGUGAGCCAGUUAAAUUUGUGGGAGAUAAGGUGCUCCGCCUGACACCUGGAUCUGAGGAACAUGUGACAAUCAUCAGGGAAAUUGGUGAAAAAAUUAAGGUGGACUUCUGGAGGCCUGACAGCCCUGACCUUGUGACCAUUGGCAAGACUGUUGACAUUCAUGUUCCUGCUGCCCAGCUUGACAUGGUCUUCACCAUUUUGCACCAGAGUGGCAUGGAAGUUAAGGUCAUGUUGGAAAAUCUUCAGGAGGCCAUGGAGGCUCAGAUGGACCAGAGGGCAACAAAGGCCCAUGGCUACACCAAGUACAACGACUGGGCAACGAUUAAUGAUUGGGUUUCCUCCAUCACCGCUGCCAACGCUGACCUGAUCAGCAGUCAGGUGAUCGGGAACACUUACGAAGGACGCCCCAUGCAUGUUCUGACGGUUGGUAAGAAGACAGGCUCUGCUAAGCAAGCCAUCUUCAUGGACUGUGGCUUCCACGCCAGAGAAUGGAUCAGUCCUGCUUUCUGUCAGUGGUUUGUAAAUGAGGCUGUGACCACCUACGGCACUGACUCAGAGAUGACCACCCUUCUGGAUAAUAUGGACUUCUUUGUUCUGCCUGUCUUCAACGUUGAUGGCUAUGAACACAGCUGGACCAAUGACAGGAUGUGGAGAAAGACCCGAUCCAAGAACAGUGGUAGCAACUGUAUCGGUACUGACCCCAACAGAAACUUUGAUGCUGGAUGGUGCACCAUUGGAGCUUCCAGCAACCCUUGCAGUGAAACCUACUGUGGAAGCAGCAUUGAAUCUGAGAUUGAGUCCAAGAAUUUGGCCAACUUCAUCCGCACCAACAAGGCCAUCAUCAAGGCUUAUCUGACUGUCCACUCAUAUUCCCAGCUGCUCCUUUUCCCCUAUUCCUACACAUAUGACCACACUCCUGAUCACUCAGAGCUGCUGAGUGUGUCUCGUGGAGCUGUUUCAGCUCUGACAUCCCUGCACGGAACCAGAUAUACUAGCGGCCCUGGUGCUGCGACCAUCUACCCUGCUGCUGGUGGCUCUGAUGACUGGGCUUAUGACCUGGGCAUAAAGUACUCCUAUACCUUCGAGCUGCGUGACGAAGGUUUUUAUGGUUUCCUGCUGCCCGAGUCUCAGAUCCAGCCCACUUGUGAGGAGACCAUGCUGGCUGUCAAAUACAUCGCCACCCAUGUGCUCAACAACCCAUAUUGAGUGGGAAAAGCCUGACUGUGCUUUCUAUGACAUCAGUUCAAUGCACAUCUCAAAAUGCUAUGAUCAGUAAAGAAAUAAAACACAGAAGACUGUUUGUUGAA